AAGCGAUUUAUCUUUUUGUUAGGAAUUUUUAGAAAAAUGUCACAUGUAAAUACAGAUACUUUUUUAAAGGAUGAACUUUCUCAUUAUUUUGGAAGUGCUAUUAAAAAUAGGCCUGAAGUCUUGAUGGAAUGUUUGUCUAUACUAAAACUUCAUUCAAUUUCUGCAAUAGAGCUUUUUUACAGAUGGGAGUCCUGGUGUUUAAAAAUGGGUAAUGAACCAGAAUUGAUACUUGAAAAUAUUCUACUUUUUAAGCAAGAUAUGCAAUGUAUGCUUGAAAAAAAAAGUAAUUUAAAGACAAAACGGUUAGCUCAAAAUAAAAAUUAUAAUAAUCUUCAUUUUUCUUCAAGUUUGUCCAGUAAAGCUUUGGAAUUUGAUAAUAUUCUUUCAAAUAUUAUACCUAAUACCUCUCAAAAUUCAAAAAAAAUACAUAAUUCUUCAAUUUUGGAUGACAAAUCUUUAGUUUCUAUGGAAAAUGAUAAUCGUAUAUUGGCUGGUUUCACUUCCAACUUUAUAAAUUCUGGGGAAAUUAUGGAGACUCUUAAUUCACAUAUUCUUUUUAAUGAUACUAAUUAUAUAAAUGAAAAACAGAGGAAAAUAUUUUUUACUGCUAAUUUUGACCCAAAGAAAUAUUCUUUUAAAACAAUGUAUCAAAAGUUAUCAGAGAUUUCAGAAGUUCUUGAUGAUAAAAUUGAUACGUUUACUGAUGAGUUAAUUAAGUAUUAUGAUCUUUCUGAAAAUGAUUUUGGGAAUCCUUCUUAUGUAUCACAUAAUGAAAUAAUAGUUGUAGGAAGAAUUAUAUGUGAUUCUGAUUCUGAAGGUUAUUUGAAUACUACUUCUAUAAUUCUGGAGACUUCUCGUAGAUUCUGUUCAGGUAGUCGUGUUUUAUUGCAUAUUGAUAGUCUUGAUAGUUACUCUCUUUUUCCGGGUCAAAUAUUGGGAGUUAAAGGAAUUAACUCUACUGGUGUUUAUUUUUCUGUUCAUGAGUUUUUAAUGCUACCUCUCUUACCUUUUCCUGUUACUAGUUUAUUUGAUUUUAAGAAGUAUAAUACUCCAUUAAAUGGUAUUCCUCAAAAAAUAUUUGUUGCUGCUGGUCCAUAUACAGUUGAUGAUAACAUCUUAUAUGAGCCAUUUAUUGAGUUAUGUAAUAAAAUAGAAGAAAUGAGUCCAGAUGUUGUUAUUUUAAUAGGGCCAUUUUUGGAUUUAAGACAUCCUUUGAUUUCUACUGGGAAUUUUAAUAUGUCUUUAAAAGAUGAUAUAGGUUCAUUAGAUGAUUUGUUUAAACAUUACAUCAGUUCUAAGAUUAUGAAAUUGAAUUGCUUAAUAGUUAUUGUUCCUCAUAUUCAAGAUGCUUGUUGUAGGCAUGCUGCAUGGCCUCAAGAUUGUUUCAAUAAAAGAUCUUUAGGAUUAGGAAAGAAUGUAAAAUGCAUACCUAAUCCUGCUAUGUUUUCUUUAAAUGAAGUUAUUAUUGGCGUUAGUUCAAAUGAUAUUCUUAUGUCUUUAUCUAAAUCUGAAAUUAUUAAAUCUCCUUUAUAUUCAAAUACCUUAGCACGAUUAUCAUAUCAUGUAUUACAACAAAGACAUUUUUAUCCAUUGUUUCCUGGUACAGCAUAUGAGCCUUCUAUUAGUGGAGCAAAUUUAGAUAUUGCUUCUAUAGAAUUAGGAGGAAUUUCUCAUGUAUUGCCUGAUAUUUUAAUAUUACCCAGUGAUCUUCAGUAUUUUUCUAAAGUUGUUUGUAAUACUGUUGUUUUAAACCCAGGUUAUUUGGCUAAAAAACAUGAUUUUGGGAGUUAUGCUAUUAUAUAUAUAAAACCUCGGGAUUUAGGAGAAGUUGAAUCAAAUGAUAUUGAUCCAAAUGAUAUAAUGAUUCCUCAUAAUAUAUCUGAAAGAGUUAGAGUUGAUAUAAUUAAGAUUUGAAUUUUUAAUUUUAGUUUUUAUUCAAAGAAAAUAA